AUGGCUCACUCCCAGGCCAAUGGCACCAUGUCGCCGCAUGGGAUCACGGCGUCCAUCCCUAGCUUCGCGUUUCUGCGCCUGACGGCGAAGGACCACAUCAAAACCUUCUUCCUCCUGUCACUCAGCAUUUUUUCCCUACCCAUAAGCUACGUUCUCGCCAUUGCCCUCACAGCAGUGCCCCAGCCAGUCCUGGCCUACUUCCUGCCGUUUUCCCCGUUGACGCUGACCGGAGCCCUCUUCCACCGGACCCAAUGCCGCUCCAAUCCAUUCUUCAGGCAGCGGACUGUCCUCGUCACCGGCGUAGGCAUGACCAAAGGCCUGACGCUGGCACGGGCGUUCUGGUUGUGCGGUCACCGUGUCGUGGCGGCUGACUUUAACAUCGGCACGGGUGCUGCUUGGACGCCGUGGAAGAAAGGUCGGCGGACAUACAGUCUGGCUUUCGACACGGUCUACUCGUUGCAGAAGCCUGUGGUCAGGGAUGGCAUGAGUGAGAGAGAGAAAGAGGAGGUCAGGACAGCGUACACCGGAGACAUCUGCAAGAUUGUCAAGGAGGAGCAAGUCGACCUGUGGGUUUCGUGCUCAGGCGUCGCGAGUGCGGUGGAAGAUGCCAUGGUGAAGGAGGCCUUGGACCAGAUGCCCCUAAGGAGCGGACGGAGCUGUGCAUGCAUUCAGUUCGAUGUACCCACGACCUCAACGCUGCACGAGAAAUCGACCUUCAUUCAGCACACCAAGGCACUUAAGCUCACAGUCCCUGAGACGUACGACGUCACGUCGCACACCGAGGUCCUGGACGCCCUGGAUUCCGCGACAAAGGACAGCCCGAGCAGGAAAUUCAUUCUCAAGCCUGUGGGCAUGGACGACGCCAACCGCGGCAACAUGACACUCCUUCCCCUUUCUACCACCCACGAAACCGAGACGUUCGUCCGACGCCUCCCCAUGUCAAAGCAGAGGCCGUGGAUCCUGCAGCAGUUCAUCCAGGGCGGGAGGGAAUACUGCACACACGCCCUGGUCGUUGAUGGUGCCGUCAAGGUCUUCACCGCGUGCCCGAGCAGUGAGCUUCUGAUGCACUACGAGGCCCUCCCGCACAACGACCCGCCGACCGCGGAGAUGCUGGACUUCACGACCAAGUUCGCCGCGGAAGCGGGGGCCGGCUUCACGGGUCAUCUGAGUUUCGAUUUCAUGGCUGAGGACGACGGCAGCGGUCAGAUGAGGCUGUACGCGAUCGAGUGCAACCCGCGGGCACAUACUGCCGUGGCGCUGUUCGCGCAGCCGGGAAUUCAGAUGAGGGCAAUGGUUGACGCGUACAUGUCUGCCGUGGGCGGGCCGCCGAAGUCGUCGAAGAAGGACAAUUUCGGCUCCGCGUCCAGGCUGGUCUGGCCUCCGCGGAACGCGACGCCUCGAUACUGGAUCGGGCAUGACCUUGUUACACGGGGUUUGCUUCCCUUCUUGAAUCUGCUGAGACUGAAGUCCAGGUCCGGAGAGCUCCUCGUCGAUGGGGUAGGGGAGCUGCUGCUUCACAUUCUUUGCUGGAAGGAUGGGACGUUUGAGCUUUGGGACCCGUGGCCAUUCGUGGCACUGUACCACCACUACUGGCCAUGGGUGAUAUUGACUGCGUGGUGGAAGGGCGAACAAUGGAGUCGGCUCAAUGUGAGCACGACCAAGAUGUUUGCUUGCUAG